AUGUCAACAAGGACAAAUUUCUUUUAUGUAAAGGUUCUAAUCGCCCAAUUUACAAAUACGAUGACUAAUAUCUACACGUUUGCGUUUCAAAACAGAGAAAUUGGUAAAGGAAGUCGUUUGGAUCGGCUUGAAAUAAUUGAUAGACGUAUUUCGACUUUACGCUCAAGUUGUAGGCAUGCGGUUCAAGUUACUACAGAUUCAGGGACAUCAACUAUGGCAUUUGAACGGAUUGAUGGCCGAUUUCUUCUAUGCGGAAAUUCAAGAGGAGCAGUGUCGAUUGUUGAUUUUGAAUCUUAUACUAAUUAUAAUUCUAUUGCUGAAACUUAUCCUCUCAACUACAAAAUAAUACAAACUCGAAAGAAGAAUAAUCAUCAUCAUAUGGUUAAUGGUUGUCAGUGGUAUCCUGUUGACACUUCUAUUUUUGUUACUACAGGAAUGGAUAAUUUGUUGAAGAUUUGGGAUUCGUCAGUAUUUACAUCAAUUGAAGACUUUAAAUUUAUUCAACCAAUUUCACAUUUUCAUUGGACUGUUUCGAGCACUAAUGCUUCUUCAUUAAUUGCUGUAGCAACUGCUUCCUCAAAUGAUUGGUCACAUUCCUCAAAAUCUUCGUGCAAAAGAGCAAAGAAUUUAUAG